AUGUGGACGGACAUGUAUACCCUUCCUGAAACCAACCCGCUCCGCAGAGGUACAGACCGGAUCAGAAAGUUCAGACGAUAUCAUCGCUCGCCGCUGUACCAAGUAGCAGAUGCGCUUAGGCACAUCGACAUGGAGACACUGGAAACAAUUAACCCGUUCACGUUGGCCCCAUGGGAUGAACGCGUGCAGACCGAUGUUGGCGUACAGCACGAGGCCCAAACCGAAGCGGGUGGGUACAUGCAGGUCGCGGUCAGCAGCUCGGCGCGGAACGAGCUGGUAGGGUCUGGAGUGGCCAUUGAGAAGCGGCCACCUCGAAAUCGAAAGCUCAAACACAAAGCGCUAUCCACCACCUUGGCUGCAAGAGUAGAGCAGAAUCCAUUCUCUGCGGAACUGGCAGCCAUGGCGCACGUAUUGAACACGGUGACAGGACUCAAAGGCUACACGAUCACGCUGCUCACAAGAAACAAAGCGGCGGUACUCACACUCAGGAAUCCUCGACAACAAUCUGGCCAGGAGUUCGUCUGUCGGAUAUACAAAUUGAUCAAAAGGUUGCAGAGAAACGGAAACCAUGUUCAAUUCCGCUGGAUUUCUACCAGUGAAGACAACAAGCUACUCGGUCUGGCUAAAGAACAGGCUAGAGCCGCGACGCAAGAAGAUGCCCUCUUACAAGAACGCGCCCCGAGAAUGAAAUCGACCACACUGAAUCUCGCACGGUCCCAAGCAGCCCCCCGCGAUACCUUACCGGCGGGCGUCGGAAAGCACGCCAAACGAGUAGAUGCAGCACUUCCAGGAAAACACACGCGGCUUCUGUAUGAUCGCUUGUCGUGGAAAGAAGCCACAGUGCUAGCCCAACUCCGGACUGGCAUGGCGAGACUGAAUGGAUACCUCUAUCGAAUUAACGCGGCCGACACGGAUCAGUGUGCGUGUGGACAAGCAAAAGAAACGGUGGAGCACUUCCUCUUUCGAUGUCGGAAGUGGACCACACACCGGACGGAUAUGCUACAACAUACCGACACUCACCGAGGGAACCUAUCUUUCUACCUGGGAGGGAAGUCGCCUUCCGAUAAUGAGAAAUGGGCACCGCACUUAGACGCAGUACGGGCCUCAAUAAGGUCCGCCAUCGCGACUGGCCGCCUCGAGGCCACUUAA